CUCGCAGAUCUCACUGAUGGAUGAUUCCCAGGGAUGGUAGUCGAGCGCAGAUCGGGAGAGAGACUAGGCGAACAUGGCUCUCUCCAGAGGUUUGAGAUGCUGUCAAAGGGUUUUCUCCUGGAUACCUGUCCUUAUAAUAACCUCCGUUGUGUUGUGGUCAUACUACGCCUACGUAUUUGAGCUAUGUCUUUUUACACUAACCAACACACUGGAGAAAGUGGCCUAUCUACUGGUAUUUCAUGUUUGCUUUGUGAUGUUCUCAUGGACCUACUGGAAAUCCAUUUUUAGCCCUCCUGCAUCACCAUGCAAAAAGUUUCAGCUGUCAUACUCGGACAAGCAAAGAUACGAAAUGGAAGAGAGGCCAGAUGCUCAGAAACAAAUCCUGGUUGAGAUUGCAAAGAAACUUCCCAUCUUUAGUCGAGCUCAAUCUGGAGCUAUCAGGUUCUGCGACCGCUGCCAGGUACUGAAGCCUGACCGCUGUCACCACUGCUCGGUUUGUGAAACAUGUGUCUUGAAGAUGGACCAUCACUGUCCCUGGGUGAACAACUGUGUGGGCUUUUCCAACUACAAGUUUUUCCUGCUUUUCCUCGCCUACUCCAUGGUGUAUUGUGUAUUCAUUGCAGCUACAGUCUUUCAGUAUUUCCUUAAAUUCUGGGUGGGGGACUUGCCAAAUGGGCCUGCAAAGUUCCAUGUCCUCUUCCUCAUGUUUGUGGCGAUCAUGUUCUUCGUCAGUCUCAUGUUCCUUUUUGGCUACCACUGUUGGUUGGUCGCAAAGAACCGAUCCACUUUAGAGGCUUUCACAGCUCCAGUUUUUGUCAGUGGACCAGACAGAAAUGGCUUUAAUGUUGGCAUACGCAGAAACCUGCAGCAAGUGUUUGGAGAGGAUCGUAGGCUGUGGUUUAUCCCGAUUUUCACAGGCCAAGGGAACGGCCACUACUUCCCCUUGAAGAAUCGGAGUUCUGAGUCCCACAACCCCUUAUUAGCUAAUGAGGAAAUGUGGGAGGAGUCGGAUGAUGGCUCUGAGGAGGGAAGCCUGGUUGAGGACCAUGACCCCUCUGUUACCAUAGAGAUGGAGGAAUAGUAAUGUAAAGUAAGGACAAUCUACACUGGUACAGAGGGUGUAGAUUCAUAUCACACACACUGUGUACCACCAGGCAAAUGCAUUCCAUAUCAUGUGGACCUUCAGACACUGAAAGAAUCCUGGAGGAGGCCAAACGUGUGGAUUAAAAGCUGCGUUAGCAUUGUUAUUGCCACUUGUGGACAACCAGUAGCAUCACCUUUCCUCUCAGCAGUACAAAACAGCAUCAGUUUGGUUCAGACAAAAACUCUGGUUGUUCAUCUCAAAGCAAUGGCUUCUGUGGGAUUAUACAUUAGUGUUAAUUGGGGUGCUUCUGUUUAACGCUGUACUGCUUUACAUGCCUGUUUUAUUGUUGGGUCGUGGGUUUACAGUGUCUGUGCUGGGUGGGGGGCUCUAAAUGAACACCUAUUAUGCUGCAGAGGUCCCUUGUAGUGAUUCAGUUGUCUGGCCUCUACAAGUUUGAGCUUUGCAGAAUAUUAACACAAUAUUUUACUUUUUUUGUAAUGUGCAUAAGAGUAUUAUAUUACCUGACUUAACCUUCGCCUUAUUAAUAUAUUCAUUUUUGUGUUUUAGGACUCCUUUUCUUCUUAGAAUGUAUUCAGCUCCCUGCUGGUGAAUAGACUGUGCUGAUGUUUCUGGCACCUAUUAACGAGAGAACCUCUCAUAUUGUGCUUGAAUAGAGAACAUCAGCAUUUAUAUUAUUGGCUUAAUAUGCCUUUAUCGAUGUCGGAUCAGACUGGUUGCGGUAUUAAAAACUGAACUGCCGCAUAUUUGAAGUGUUGAUGAACUUUUACAGCUCAUUAUGUUUAAAAAGUGCAAAGAGUAUUAUGGCAAACUUAAUAUAAUGUUCAUAAUUCUUUAAAGGAGUCAUAUUCUUAAUAUACUGUGUAUCAUUGCUUAAAUUAUGUUGGCUACAUUGCUGUAAAGAAAUGCAGUGAUGGGGUUAAGUUCAAGGUCGGGAUGAGCAUACAAACUGUGAUAGAUUUUCUAUUUAAAAUAAUUAUCACAAUCUUUCUACCAUACCAGCCUUCCCUAGUGCAGUAACACUUCUGUGUGGAUACAAAGUUAUAGGAAAGUGAAGAGAAGAAAUUAACUUUCAUCAUGGCUAGAAACUAAUUUAUAGGUUCUAUGUCUGUUUUCCCUUCGUGAAACAUGCAGAUAAGUGUACAUAUACAUAAUGACUGAUCCUCAUCCACUGGUUGGUAGAGGAAAGCGAUGUUCUGCAAUAUGAUGUUCUAAAUUGUUUUCUACCUGCGUUAAUGUAUUUUGAAAUUGUAAUAGUAAUGGAACAGAUCCUCCUGGUGGAAAACGUUGGUUUAUGGUAUUUAGUGUGUAUUUAUAUUUAGCCAGCAAACCUAGUUAAAAAAAAACGUCUGUUAUUGAGUACGUCCGUUUUAGUACAGUUCAAAAGUUCGGCCUUUAUCAAACCUUGAUGCUGUUUGAUCUUGACACUUUAACUUGCUUCAUCAUAUCUGUUUUACUACUAUGUUGGUUAAGCCAAAUCAAAUGCUGGUCAUAUCUGAGGAAUUCAUAAUACAACAUACAUUAUGAGGUACGACUCAUUGUCUGAAAGCAUGUAUAAACUCUAGGAAAGAUGUGAGUGUUUCAUGUCGUCUCGUGUUUAUUUAUUGUUAUAAUCUUCAGUUUUUCUUCCUGUGUAUUCAGUUUACUGGUUCAUUACUGCUGCAGGCAGUGUUUGUAUAUUUUGCUCCGUCAAGUGACACUUAAAAUAAACUAUUGAAGCGAUGUGCUUUUAUCAAAUAGUAGGAUAGGUAGUAUUUAUAAAUGACAAAUUAUACCCAAUUUGCAGACAGAGUUCAAUACUGCUAGAGCACCUGCAGUGUGGUCCCUUUUUAUAUAUUUAUUUUAAAGUAUGUAAUUGUGGCACUUCCUUUUUCCAACACCUCUAAACCACUGAAAGUACUGAAACUGUUUCAUUUGUUGUUCUGUCGUUUAACAAAUAUAAAUUCUUUAUUUUCCAUUGGUUGUUGUAACAUGCAAAUAAAAUGAUCCAAGAUGAACUCAU